UCCUUUCUCUAACUCCCUGAUCUCUGGCUCUCUCUGUUGAUGGGAAGAAGAAUGGCCUUCUCUGCUGGACUCAGGGUCCUUACAAGUACCAUUCUGGUCCUAAUCCUUGUUCCUUCAGCUUCUAGUAUUAAAAAUAAUCAUCAUUAUUGUCCUCCUUCUUCCUGUGGCAAUAUCCCCAACAUCAGUUAUCCGUUUCGACUAAAAACCGAUCCACCAAACUGCGGAGACCAAAGGUAUGAGCUCUCAUGUGAUGACAAUAGCCAUACAUUGUUAUUUUUACAUGGUAGUAAAUACUACGUAAGCCAAAUCAAUUACAACAACUACACAAUCCGAAUUGUAGACUCAGGUAUUCAGGAGGAUAAUUACUCCUUCAUCCCUCGUAAUUUUCUAAAUCAUGAUAAUUUGAGGACUUGGCCAGAAUUGGAUAUUUCAUAUGAUCUACAAUAUUAUAUGAGACCAAUAUCAAAAGUAGUGGUUAUUGUGAAUUGUGACAAGCCAAUGCCUUCGAGUAACUAUUUCUAUUGGUACACGGCUUCUACAAAUUGUUCUAAUAUCAAUAAAGGAUCUGGGUCUUCUUCCAACUCGUCUUUAUCUCAAUAUUCCAAACGGUACAUAUAUCUUAUUGUUGGCCGUGACCAAGCGAGUGUGAUGGAUGUGGAGGAGUCGUGCACGAUAGAGCAAAUGUCUCGGACAUCGUGGCCAGGAAUAAUUGAUGCUGAUCAUCCUAUUAAUAUUUCCACAUGUACAGACCUCCACAAUUUAUUCUCAUAUGGUUUUGUGCUUUCAUGGUACCGACUUUAUUGUGGAAGCUGCAGCUACGAUUAUUGCUACGUGCAUGACGAUAAUCAAGUUUCUUGCCUUGAAACUCGUGAGUAAUUAAUAAAUUUGAGCUCAGAAUUCUAAUGAGAUAUUAUAUAUAUGCUGUGCUGAUCUAUGUCGAUCUU